AUGGUAAAAUUCACGGUAGAUGAGUUGCGUCGGAUGAUGGAUUUUAAGCGGAAUAUCCGCAAUAUGUCCGUUAUAGCACACGUAGAUCAUGGGAAGUCCACACUUACAGACUCACUCGUCUGCAAGGCCGGCAUUAUUGCUGACUCACGCGCUGGAGAUGCUCGGUUUACAGACACUCGGAAAGACGAACAGGAAAGGUGCAUCACUAUCAAAUCAACAGCCAUCAGCUUAUAUUAUGAAAUGCCUGAUGAAGAUGUCCAGUGCGUUAAAGCGAUUCAACCCAUCGCUGUUAACUCAGAAGGAAAAGAAGAAAAAGGGUUUCUCAUAAACCUCAUAGAUUCACCGGGGCACGUCGAUUUCUCCUCAGAAGUCACUGCAGCCCUUCGUGUAACAGAUGGAGCUCUUGUCGUAGUUGAUUGUGUAUCAGGUGUGUGUGUACAAACCGAAACGGUUUUACGUCAGGCUCUCACAGAACGAAUCAAACCAGUAUUAUUCAUGAAUAAGAUGGAUAUGGCAGUCACAACUCUGAACUGUGACAUGGAAGAACUUUAUCAAAAGUUCCAGAGAGUGAUCGAAAACGUUAACGUCAUAAUUUCAGAGUUUGAAACGUCUAAUAGCACAAUGGGUGAUCUGGCGUUGGAUGUUGUGAAAGGGACUGUAGGUUUCGGUUCCGGUUUGCAAAGUUGGGCGUUCACAUUGAUGACAUUUGCUAGACUUUACUCAAGCAAAUUCGGAAUUGAACCAAGUGUAUUGGUUAAACGUUUUUGGGGUGAUAACUUCUACAACGUUAAAACAAAAAAGUGGACCAAAGAAAAACCAGCUUCUGACGGCGUUCGUGGCUUUAACCAGUUUAUACUGUCACCGAUCUACAAGGUUUUCGAUACUAUCAUGAAGAAAAGUAAGGAAGAACAAAUCGAAUUGCUAACGAAGAUGGGUGUAACGCUAAAUGAAACUGAAAUGUCUCUUCCUGACAAACAACGACUGAAAACAGCAUUACAUAAGUGGCUUCCUGCUGGCGACUCGCUCCUGCAAAUGAUAUGCAUUCAUCUUCCUAGUCCUGUCACUUCACAGCAGUACAGAGUAGAAAUGCUUUACGAAGGACCUAUGGAAGAUGAAGCAGCUAUUGCAAUGAAAAACUGCGAUCAGAACGGUCCAGUCAUGAUGUACAUUAGUAAAAUGGUGCCGACUUCAGAUAAAGGUAGGUUUUAUGCAUUUGGUCGUGUGUUCUCUGGUACAAUCGGGACAGGACAAAAAGUAAGAAUAACUGGUCCCAACUACGUUCCAGGGAAAAAAGAGGAUCUUUACGAAAAGUCUAUUCAACGAACUGUACUUAUGAUGGGUCGUUACACAGAAGCAAUCGAGAAUGUUCCUUGUGGAAACAUCUGUGGGUUGGUAGGAGUGGAUCAGUUUAUUGUCAAAACUGGCACCAUUACAACAUUUGCGGGGGCUCAUAACUUGAAGCAAAUGAAAUUUAGUGUCAGUCCUGUAGUCCGCGUUGCAGUUGAAUGUCAAAAUCCUGCCGAUUUGCCAAAACUUCUUGAAGGCUUGAACCGUCUUUCUAAAAGUGAUCCUAUGGUCCAAAUAACGCAAGAGGAGUCGGGUGAACACAUCGUUGCAGGUGCUGGUGAGCUGCAUCUUGAAAUUUGCCUCAAGGAUCUCAAGGAAGAUCAUGCUUGCAUUCCUUUAAAAAUAAGUAAUCCCGUAGUUUCAUAUCGUGAGACAGUAACGGAGGAGUCAAAUCAAACAUGUCUGUCGAAAUCCCCUAACAAACAUAAUCGUCUGUAUAUGCGUGCCUUACCUUUAUCAGAAGAAUUAGCACAGGACAUUGAUGAUGGAAAAAUCACUGCUAAUCAAGACGUAAAAGAUCGUUCUCGUUAUCUGAUAGACAACUACGGAUGGGAUGCUACAGAAGCUAGAAAGUUAUGGUGCUUUGGUCCAGAGAACACAGGACCUAAUGUUGUGGUCGAUACCACUAAGGCAGUUCAAUAUUUAAAUGAAAUAAAAGAUAGCGUUGUCGCUGCGUUCCAGUGGGCAACUAAAGAAGGUGUUCUUUGUCAAGAACACAUGCGUGGAGUCCGUUUCAAUCUCAUAGAUGUAGUACUGCACGCAGAUGCUAUCCACCGUGGAGGUAAUCAAAUCAUCGGUACAGCACGUCGAUGCUUCUAUGCCUCUGUUCUUACUGCCAAACCAUGCUUACUAGAACCAGUUUAUCUGGUAGAAAUCCAAGGACCAGCCACUGCUAUGGGAGGCAUCUACAGUACUUUGAAUCGCAAGAGGGCCAUUACACUUUCAGAAGAACGAAAAACUGACAGUCCAAUGUGUAUUACCAAAGCUUAUAUGCCGGUUAAUGAAUCUUUCGGCUUCACGACUGAUCUUCGUGCUGCAACUGGCGGGCAAGCUUUUCCUCAGUGUGUCUUCGACCACUGGCAAAUUUAUCCUGGUGAUCCUCUCGACGAGAACUCAAAGCCUGGACAGGUAGUUGUGGAGGCGCGAAAACGUAAGGCUCUAAAAGCAGGCGUUCCUCCCUUAGAUAACUUCUUGGAUAAACUAUAA